UUUCUUUAUUUGACAGAAGUGGUAAAGUGGUAAAAUUUGCUGGUCGCAGAGUUUCACAAAUUCUUGUUUAAAAAUGUCGCUGGUUAAUGUCGUUCUGCGCCGUGCCAUCUCGCAAUCUGCGGCUCGCCAGGCCCAGUCCCAUGCUGCCACAGCCGGUGGACACGGAGGCGGCUAUAAGGUUUGGAAGAACCUGUCUUUCUUCGUGGCCAUUCCAGCCGUUGGAUUGUGCAUGUUGAACGCUUAUCUGGCACAUGAAGCUGAACACGGCCAUGCCCGUCCGGAAUUCAUUGCCUAUGAGCAUUUGCGCAUCCGUAACAAGCGUUUCCCGUGGGGCGAAGGCCAGAAGAGCUUGUUCCACAACGCCCAUGCCAAUGCCCUGAAGGAUGGCUAUGAGCAUUAAUGCGACUCGACGCGGGAUUCCCACAGGAAAGUCUUUAAUGUUAUUAGGAUACAAAAGUCAGAAUGGAAUAAAAGCCUAAAAGUUA